AUGAUCCUGGUAUACAUGCUGCUGGUGUAUAGCCUCCUCGUGUACAGAUUCCUGGUGUACAGCUUCAUUGUGUACAGCCUCCGGGUGUACAUCCGACUGGUGUACAGAAUCCUGGUGCACAGGCUCCUGGUGUACAGACCCCUGGUUUACAGCCUCCUGGUCUACAGCCUCCUGCUGUACAAACUCCUGGUGUACACGCUGCAGGUGUACAGACAACUGCUGUAUAUCCUGCUUGUAUUCCUGGUGUACGUCUUCUUUGUUUACAUCCACCUGGUGUACAGCCUCAUUGUGUACAGCAUCAUUCUUUAUAGCCUCAUUAUUUACAACCUCAUUAUUGACAGCCUCAUUGUAUACGGCGUCAUUGCAAUCACCAUCCUGAGCUUCAUGGUGUACAGCCUCCUAGUGUACAUCCGACUGGUGUACAGCCUCCUGCUGCACAGAAUCCUGGUGUACAGACCUCUGGUGUACAGCCACCUGGUGUACAGCCGAAUGGUGUACAGCCGAAUGGUGUACAGCCAAAUGGUCUACCGCCCGUGGGUUUACAGGAUCCUGACGUAUAUCCUUCAGGUUUACAGCCAUCCUGGUGUACAGCCUUAUUGGGCAGAAGUUUGCCCACAUCGGGCGGUUUCUGUGGGGCAAGUGGUAGCAGUCAGGAAGCCAACCAACGUCUGCAAUUGGGCUGCAGCUGCAAUUUCACCCUGGCAGGCCAACUGA